AAACGAAUAAGGUUGAUGUCAAAACAACUUUAGGUGACCAAGUCGAUCGAGCAUCGUCGUAAAUUGCUCGUUUGGGGUUCCAUUUCUAAGAGCUUAUGGAUUCAACGACCAAGCAACAACCACACUUCGUGUUGAUCCCGCUCAUGGCGCAAGGCCACAUGAUUCCGAUGGUUGACUUGGCCAAGCUCCUUGCAGAACGAGGGGUGAUGGUAAGCUUAAUCACCACGCCCCACAACGCGUCAAGGUUCGACAAGGUGAUCGAACGAGUGACGGAAUCUGGACACAAGAUUCAGCUAGUGAAAAUCCCAUUUCCGUGCCGGGAAGUCGGACUCCCGACCGGAUGCGAGAACCUCGACACUUUGUCUUCCAGGGACCUAUUGAAGAACUUCUACAAUGCACUAGGCAUGUUGCAGGAACCAUUGGAGCGAUUUCUCGAACAACAAAAGCCUCUCCCGAGUUGCAUAAUAUCGGACAAGUGCCUUUCUUGGACCUCAAAAACUGCACAAAGGUUCAAUGUUCCUAGGAUUGUUUUUCAUGGGAUGGGAUGUUUUUCAUUGCUGAGCUCUCACAAUGUGAAGGUGCAUAAGCCCCACCUUUCGGUCGCUUCGGAUUUGGAACCGUUCGUGCCGGGAUUGCCGCAACCGGUGGAGAUAACGAGAGCUCAACUUCCGGGAGCAUUCGUUAGUUUACCGGACCUCGACGAUGUUCGCAACAAGAUGCAAGAGGCUGAAAUGAGUGCCUUCGGUGUUGUCAUAAACAGCUUCAAUGAACUAGAGCAAGGAUGUGUGGAGAUGUACCAAAAGGCUAUAAGUAAAAAGGUUUGGACCAUUGGACCGGUUUCCCUAUGCAACAGAAUAAACUUGGACAAAUUUGAAAGAGGAAACAAAGCAUCAAUCAAUGAACAAAAAUGCAUCAACUGGCUCGAUUCGAAGAAACCAAGGUCAGUUAUCUACGCUUGCCUCGGUAGCCUAUGUCGUUUAGUUCCGGCACAAUUGAUCGAACUCGGGUUAGGCCUCGAAGCAUCACGACAUCCAUUCAUUUGGGUAGUCAGAACAAGCGAUGAAAGAGCUAAUGAGGAGUUAGAAAAGUGGUUUUUAGAGCAUAAAUAUGAGGAGAGGAUACAAGGGAGGGGACUAUUGAUCAAAGGUUGGGCGCCACAAGUUCUUAUUCUAUCACACUCUGCUAUUAGAGGGUUUAUAACACACUGUGGAUGGAAUUCAACCAUUGAAUCUGUAUGCUCCGGGGUGCCAAUGAUAACAUGGCCCCAAUUCUCCGAACAAUUCUUCAACGAAAAACUGAUCGUCGAGAUCCUAAAGAUCGGAGUUCGGGUCGGGGUCGAGGUCCCUGUUAGAUGGGGUGAAGAAGAGAAACUUGGAGUGCUGGUCAAGAAACAAGAAGUUGAGAAUGCCAUAGAUAUGUUGAUGAAUGGAGGUAAAGAUGGCGAAAAGAGACGAGUUCGAGCUCGAGAACUCGCGGAAAUGGCAAGAAUGUCUGUGGAAGACGGAGGAUCGUCGGAUUUCAACAUUUCACUCUUAGUGCAAGACAUUUUGGAGCAAAUUACUCGGACUCAGUAACACCCAAAUCUGCAGGUUUAAUUAACAGUUCGUAAAUUGAUUAAAAAAA